AUGGAUGAAGAAGCUACCACCCAGGAGCAAAUAAAGGUUUCUAUUUUCACACCAUUGAUUUAUGUUGGGGUGUUGCUCACGUGUUUUAUUGCAUUUUCAAUAAUUUAUAGACGUAAAAAAAUUAAGAAUUUAACUAAGGUUGAACCGAUUUUCGGAGAAAAUCAUACUGCUUCAUUAUAUCAAUUCUUAAAAGCACAAUACACAAAUCCGGAUGCAACCAAGGAAACCAAGCCGCAUGAAAAAGUUUUAAAGGCAGCUUUAUUAAGAAGAGCCGUCGAAGCAAUCAGAAGAUCAUUAAAAUUGAAAGAAAAUGAACCAAUUUUCAAGUAUUUGUAUCAAGAAGGAUUAAUUGGUGAUGAAGUCUUUAGGCAAUUUGAAUUCCAAGCAAAAUAUCAGGAAUUGGAAUUGAAAGAAAUUGUUCAAGAAACCGAACUUUACAAGAAAGGUUGGGUCCAGACUUUUUUCCCAGUAGCUCAAGAAAUUUGCUUCAACGAGGCUUUAAGAAGAAGAUUAAACGCAAUGGAUGGAAGAUCUAAAAGUUUAUCUGUCUUGUGGGAAUACUAUGUUGAUUUGUCAGAAGGUAAGUCUACAACAGCUGGGGCCUCCACCCCAAUAACGAAUUCACCAACUCCUCUUGCUGCUGAAACAUCCCAAGAAUCUAAACCUGCAGAAUCCCUUUCAGAACCUAAUUCCACUGAUGAUAAUGCUUCUUCGGAAAAGAAUACAAAAAAGAAUAAUAAAAAGAAGAAUAACAAAAAAAAGUGAUUACUUCCCCUUUCUUUUGAUUUCUUUAUUACACCCAUAUACAAUGUAUAUAAUUCUUUAUCUUUCCUUUGUAAUAUAACCAUUUCCCC